AUGGCAGCCGCCGUCGUGUCAGGCAAGGACAUCGAGAAACCUCAGGCUGAGAUCUCGCCUAUCCACCGUAUCCGUAUCACACUGACGUCCCGUAAUGUACGCUCCUUGGAGAAGGUUUGUGCUGACCUGAUCAACGGAGCCAAGAAGCAGAAGCUACGUGUCAAGGGUCCAGUGCGCAUGCCCACCAAGAUCCUACGCAUCACCACCCGUAAGACACCUUGUGGUGAAGGUUCAAAAACCUGGGACCGCUUCCAGAUGAGGAUUCACAAGCGUGUAAUUGACCUGCACUCGCCCUCCGAGAUUGUGAAGCAGAUUACGUCGAUCAACAUUGAACCAGGUGUGGAAGUUGAGGUCACCAUCGCCGACGCGUAG